AUGGGAAAUACAAGUGAUAAUAUUAACGAGCAACAAGGGGUUACAACAGAACGCCGAAGGAGAAAUACGGAAACAAUACCGCAACUUGGAGCUUUAGAAGAAGAUGACGAAUUUGAGGAAUUCGCUGCAGAAGAUUGGAAUGAAACUGAAGAUGAUAAAGAAACACAAUUAUGGGAAGAUAAUUGGGAUGAUGAAGAUGUGGAGGAUGACUUCUCGACGCAAUUAAGAGCUGAACUCACCAAAGCACAAUCCCAACCACAGCCAAUGAAGAUGUAG